AGUUAGUCAAGUACAGCACCUGUCCGGCUGUCUCUGUCCUCUCAGGAUGUCCUCAGAUAUUUAUUCUAAACCAGAUUUAUCAAAAAAGGUGAGAUACAACAGAAAUGAGCAUGAAGAUGGAGCAGGAUGGGAGGAAAUGGAGGUGGAUAUCUAUGAGACCGUUAAUGAUGUUGGGAAUAAUCUUACUGUUUUUCAGUCACAGGAAGAAGAACGACCGACUAAGAAGCAUCGUGCUCUGCAGAAAAGACCUGUCAGAGGUGCAACACUGUGUCUAGGAGUGUUGUGCACGGUGGUUUUAGUCGUGGUCGUCAUCUUGUUCAUAUACGCUCUUUUAGUCACCUUGGAAGUCAAUCAGCUGAAGACCAAACACAACCAACUGAACACCACCUACAAUCAGCUGCUCAACAAUGUUUCUGAUAUCACUUUGGACAAAUUCCAGCUGCAGAGGGAACACGAAAAACUAAAUACCAUCCACAUUCAGCUGCAGGUCAAACAAGGCAAACUGAUCAACACUUAUAAUCAGCUAAAAAUUGAACUUGGUGAGUGUCAUGAUGGAUGGAGAAGAUUUGGAUCCAGUUUUUACAAAAAAUUCACAGAGAGUAAAACUUGGUCUGAGAGCAGGAGGGAGUGUGAGAAAAGAGGAGCUGAUCUGGUGAUCAUAAACAGCAAAGAGGAGCAGGAUUUUGUGGGACGACUGAACACAAAUGAAACCUCCUGGAUUGGUCUGAAAGCUGAACGGUCGAGAAGUAAACAGGAAUUUGAAUGGAAAUGGGUGGACGGAUCACCGCUGACAACAACGUUCUGGGCUGUAGAAUGGUCUCCAAAUCCGCAUGACCUACGUCAAUAUCCUGCAGUGUGUUGUACUAAUGAAGGGAAAUGGAAACAUUCAUAUUACAAUAACAAUAAAAACUGGAUCUGUGAGAAGAAAAAAUAAGAUUUAAUUCUUUAAUUUGUUUCGUGUGUCAUUUAUAUAUGUGUUAUUCUGACCUUCAUCAUGUGUACAGGGUAGUGAAGCUGUCAUCAGAACUACAGGAGAACUUGAUAAUGCUGAAGUAAAAUAUAAUUAUUGUAAAUAAGUAUAAAUGCAGCUUUACUUCACUUUGUUUAUUUGUGUUGUUUUAAUUUGAUGUGCAAAGAAUGAAGAGUUAUCAGU